AAAGUUCUUGGAAACUGGUGGGUACGAACACACACAUACACACACACACACACACACACACACACACACACACACACACACAGGGUCUCUAAAUGAACCAUUCAGCAGAAUUCUGUUUAGCUCUCCCCAUCUCCAGUGCGGGUCACACAUUAUGUCUUGUCCUUAACAUGCACAACGGAGCCCAUGCCAUUCCUCAGUGUCAAUGUUAAUGUACUGUAGUGUAACCAUUAGACUGUGUCCCCUCCCUCUGACUGCCCCCCUACAUCUCUUCUCUCUCUCCCUCCCUCACUCUCUCUCUCUCCCUCCUUUAUAACCCAUCACUCCCAUCCCACCAUUCUCACUCUUUCUUUCGGUCUUUUACGGGACACACAUUCGUUUUCUUAACGAGGGGAAGCAACCAAGGGACAAACAGCAGAGAGGAAAAAUGCUUUUUUACAUAUUCACCUACCGUAAUUUUAGGGGAUCUUUUGGAUGUUAAUUUUUGAUGUUUCCACAACUGUCUCGCUCUCAAAAACAUUUCUAGAGAGAUAGAGAGAUAGAGAGAAGGGAAACAGACAAAUAAAAAGUGUCAUCAUUUUGAUCACUGUCUGCAAAAUCAUUCUAAAAAGUAAUUUUAUUUGGUCAAAGAAACAUCGGAUACUAUUUGGAUAGUAAAAAUAAAUCUAAUCUUGUUUCUUUUUACGUGUACCUGGAUAACUUUACAUGACAAUAGCUUCCUAUAGGCAUGUUUCUGCUAUCACAGAGGUGGAAAUUGUUCAACUAUAAGAUUGAUACCGUUCACUGAGAAAUUGGAUUUAAUUUUAAAUCUGGUCAGACACAAUUCCAAAGAGAAAAACUACUGGACAGUGCUGGACAUGAACUGAUAUGAGGGGAUCAUCCCCAAGCUCGGAACCAGAAACAUAGACCCCAUAAUAGAACAAACUGACAGACUGACGGACAACGCGGCAUAACCGUGGAAACGGGCAGACUGCUGCCCAAGGACACUCACUGACGCACGGAGACAGACAGACAGACAGUCUGAUGCCAACUGUCUCCGCUGUCAAUAUCACGGCACAACUCCUCCUGCUGUUGCUAUGGGCAACCCACCCGACCAUGGCAACCAACUGGCUCUCCCUGGCGAGGAUGCCGCGCUCGCGGCCCGUGUCGGGUGCUGCCCCCUGUGGGCGGCUGAGGGGACUGUCCGUGGGGCAGGUGGGGGUGUGCAGGGCACGGGGGGAGGUCAUGGAGUCCGUGCGCAAGGCAGCCGAGAUGGUCAUAGAGGAGUGCCAGCACCAGUUUCGUAAUCGCCGUUGGAACUGCUCCACCACCCCGCGUGGAGUCAACGUGUUCGGUAGAGUUAUGAGCCAAGGCACGCGUGAGGCGGCCUUUGUGCACGCCCUGUCCUCGGCGGCGGUGGCGGUUGCAGUGACGCGAGGCUGCAGCCGAGGGGAGCUAGAGCGGUGUGGCUGCGACAGGAAGGUCAGAGGGGUCAGUCCCGAGGGUUUCCAGUGGUCUGGGUGCAGUGAUAACCUAUCCUAUGGAGUGGCCUUCUCCCAGACCUUCGUAGAUGAGACGGAGCGUGCCAAGGGGAUGUCGGCAGGGCGACCCCUCAUGAAUGUCCAUAACAACGAGGCUGGACGGAAGGCCAUCCUCCAUAACAUGCAGGUGGAGUGUAAGUGUCAUGGCGUCUCGGGAUCCUGUGAGCUGAGGACCUGCUGGAAAGUCAUGCCUCCAUUUCGGCGCGUUGGCGCCGUGCUGAAGGAACGCUUUGAUGGAGCCACAGAGGUGCGUCUGUCCCGUAUCGGCUCCAGGACAGCCCUGCUGCCCCGGGACCCCCAGGUCAAACCCCCCGCCGCCAGGGACCUGGUGUACCUCGCUGCCUCGCCAGACUUCUGCCGUCUCGACCCCGACAAUGGGAUCCCCGGGACCGCCGGCCGACGCUGUAACGGCACCUCCCGGCUGGCCCCAGAUGGCUGCGAGCUGGUGUGUUGUGGGCCAGGGUACCGGGCGGGCCGGGCCGAGGUGGUGCAACGCUGCUCCUGUAAGUUCUCAUGGUGCUGCUCGGUCCGCUGCCAGCAGUGCAAGAACACAGUGAUGAUCCACACCUGCCGAGUGUGAACCCAGUCUAUGCAGAACCCAGAGCAGACACGCAAGAACCUUACACCUGUCCAGACACUCUAGAACACUACAACAACUAGACACUCUAGAACACUACAAAGACACAACACUGUCCAGACAUUCUAGACUACUAAACAGACACUCUAGAACACAACACUGUCCUUUCCAGACAUUCUAGAAUAUUACCCAGACACUCUAGAACACAACACUACUCAGACAUUCUGGAACACUACAACGACCAGACCAGUGGAGGCUACUGAGGGGAGGACGGCUCAUAAUAAUGGCUGGAACGGAGAAAAUGGAAUGGCAUCGAACACAUGGAGGCCAUGUGUUUGAUGUAUUUGAUACUAUUCCACCUAUUCCGCUCCAGCCAUUACCACGAGCCCGUCCUCCCCAAUUUAAGUGCCACCAACCUCCUGUGGACCAGACACUCUAGAACCAGGGUUCCCAACCUAGGGGGCGGCAACAUUGGACCUUCCUUGACUUCAGGGCUAAAACAUUUUUUGAUUAUUUAUACCUAUAUAAAACAACGCAUAAAUCUGUGAUGCUUUAGGCUAGAAAUAAGCGGUAAAAUGCCAGAGGAAGGCGCAACUCUGGGAAUAUCUUUGGUUUGUCUCGAUGACAUUCAGAAUCUGAGUCAUGGACUCAAAGAAAUUGGACUUUGCUUGGGAAGUAAUCUUAUACAAUGUGUGACUCUGUCGCUAUCAAUUGAUCUAUUCACGUUCUGUAAAAGAUAAUAUGUAUAAUUAAAUUGAGUUUCAUAUAAAUUACAAUAAAACAUAUUUGGUAGCGAAAUAACAUUUUGGGAAAUCGGGUUUAGACUUUAUUUUCCUUAUCCAUUAUUAUUAUUAGCAUUAAAUAGCCUAUAAGUUGUCAUGAGUCGUAGAAUUGCAGGAAAAUUCUAGGUCCUUGAAAUUAAACAAAGUUUCAUUUUUCAAAUUUGAAAAGUGGGGCCCUGGGGGAAAAGGUUGGGAACCCCUGCUGUAGAACGGCACUGAUGACAUAUUCUACAAAACUGACCUGACAUAUACUUUAACACUCUGGCCAGAACUGUGUGGAUAGUGUAAACCAGUGCAUUGUGAGAGUGAGGACCUAUGCAUGACAGAAACCUCUGCCAGGGAAGGCAGAAAGGGUGAAAUGACCUCUCCCAUGACCUCUAAUGCCAGAAAAUAGAGAUAUACUAACACGCAUGGAGACAGGAAAGGAUACUCACUGCAUAGAGCAAUAUUAACUCUCCCAUGAUGAUGUACUCUUUCAACCUAAAGGAACGUCAGCAUCCCACAGUAUACUUGUAUAUAGGUGAUUGUCUAGUUCACAAUGACACACAACUUACAGCACACACACACACAAUUAACUUAAACUGACAAAGCUUUUAAAGCCAACAUUAACCACAACUAACAGGGAAAUUAUUACAGCCCUUUUCUUAAAUGCAUUUGAUUUCAGUGUAGUAUGUAGUUGCAGUCUUUAUACAUUUACUGUAUUUAUGAGUCUUUUGCCACUAUUCUGUCUUUUAUUUAUUUGUACAUCAAUCAUCCUGUGGCCCCUCCUCCUACCCCUCAGAUUCGACCAGUGAGAAUACCUGUCCUCUCCCCCCAGUCCGUGUCUGCAUCCAUGUUGCUUUAGUCCAACGCUCUGUUGUGAAACAAUUGUGAUGCAUGUUGCUAAUGUUCUGCACAGUUGACUUGGUCAAAUAAACUUGUUUUGACUACA